CACGUUUUUAGCAUAACUUGAGGUGUAUAAAAAUAACAAAAAAUUCAUAAUAAGUUAUCAGUUAUAGUUAUUUCACUCAAGGGAACAGAAGUAACUUGUCGAAACACCAGCAUCAUGAAACUCUUUGUUGUAACUUUAUCCGUUUUGGUUUCUGCCGCUUUGGGAGGACAAUUGAGUAGCACUUAUUUGCCACCCCAUCAGGGUAGUGCAUCGGCUCAUUCAGCCAGUUUUGCUGCCGCUGCUCCUUCUUCGCAAUAUUUGGCUCCAGCUGCAUCGGCCCCAGCUAGCAGUUAUGCUACAUCUGGUGGCUUCUCAUCAUCGGCCGGUCAUUUCUCGGCCCCUGCUGCAGCCAAACCCUCUAGACAAUAUUUGGCACCCGCUGCUUCUGCCCCAGCUGUAAGCUUCGCUUCACAUGGAAGUAGUUCAGGUGGUUUCUCAUCCGGUGGUCAUCAUGCCGGAGGUUUCUCAUCUGGUGGUCAUCAUGCCGGAGGUUUCUCCGCUGGUGGACAUCAUGCUGGAGGUUUUUCAUCCGGUGCUGGUCAUCAUGCCGGAGGUUUCUCAUCCGGUGCUGGUCAUCAUGCCGGAGGUUUCUCCGCUGGUGGUUCCAGUGGCUUCGCCGUCGGUGCUGCUUCUAAACCAUCGAAGCAAUAUUUAGCUCCUGCCGCUUCUGCUCCAGCUGUCAGUUAUUCGGCUCCUUCUGUUGGUUUCUCCGGCGCUGCUUCUGCUCCCGCUGCUCACUAUUCUGCUCCAGCUGCAACUUCAUUUGGUGGCUCCAGUGGUUUCUCGGUUGGUGCUGUUUCGAAGCCAUCAAAUCAAUAUUUGGCUCCAGCUGCCUCAGCACCCGUUGUUCAUCACGCUGCUCCCGCUGUACACCAUGCCGCUCCCGCUGUUCAUCACGCUGCUCCCGCUGUCCACCACGCUGCUGUAUCUCAUGGCCAUGGUGGUAGUUUUUCAUCGAGUGCUCAUUCUACUGGCUUCAGCCACGCUGCAUCUGCCCCCGCUGUUAGUUACUCAGCACCUGCAGCCAGUUUCUCUGCUCCAGCUGCCCAUUACUCCGGCAGCUCAGUGGGUACUCAGUAUGCUGCCAAUGGUGGUUAUGUCCGCCACUAGAGUGUCAUAUAGUGUGAGAUUUUAAAGCAAAUGUGAUCUUAUAAUAAAU